UUGGACGCCAGCAACAACCGCAUCCUCAAGAUCUCGUCAAGAAAAUGGUACGAAGCAACCUGCGCCAGGGCCUGAACAAGGGCUAUCCCACCACUGCCAUUCCUAAGACCAGCCGUCCCAGCCACCGCAAGGGCAUCCAAUCGACAAAAAAUAAGUUCGUGCGGUCUGUUGUGCGAGAAGUUUCUGGCUUUGCGCCAUAUGAGCGUCGGGUACUUGAAUUGCUGAGAAACGCCAAGGAUAAGAAAGCAAGAAAAUUGACGAAGAAACGGCUCGGUACACUCCUUCGCGCAAAGCGCAAACUGGAGGAGCUCGGUACUAUUAUCCAGGAGAGCAGGAGAGCACAUUGAAAAGGCAUUGGUAUACUACUGGUGACGAGGGUGCCCAUUACAAUUUCAUGUUAUGCUAUGACACAUCUAUGCACUGAAGUUGCGUUUGUCUCCUUUUCGCUGCACUUUGACAAUCCGCGGGCGCCGAGCUAUUUGAUUUGUCACCAAGACUCGACGGGGGCGGGCCGUAUGAGUCAGUACAGCUUAGUCUUGAUUCAGGCUAGUUUGAUGAAGUUCCUGUGUACUUGCGAUAAACUACGUGUCGUGUGUUUAACAUGUACAUGCCUGCCGAGGUAUUGCGUCU